AUCCGAUAUUCCUAUCCCACAGACCCAGGAACUGCGUAGCUUAAUUUCCCUGUACUUCAGCCAACAAUGUUGCCGACUCUGACUCUCACCGGCGACGGAUAAAAGUCUUCUUCGUCGGCGACUUGGAUCUCCUAACCUUUUACAGCUAACGGUUCCGAUGGAGGUUUCGAAAUUCUCUGCAUUUUCUUUGCCACGUCGAAUCAGUCGGAUCAAUCUCUUCUACCAAGGAAGCAAUGUUGAUGUCAGAAGCCAUGGGAAUCACCCCAAUUCAGUCAGUCGUAUUCAGGCAGUUUAUUUUUUGCCUUCACGUUACCAAAAACAGUGCAGUAGAAAUUUCCCAAGACGAUUGACAAAUGGGCCAAUUGAUUUGCCUUCACAUAAAAUCUUAGGGCCAAAUCCUCUAGUCAUGCAAUGCCGACUCAAAAGAGAGGACACAGAAGAAGGAACAUUGAGUGGGGACAGCAUUUUACUGAACGAGCAGAGUAUGGAGCAGGAAUUACAGCUUGCCAUUAAAGAGGAAAACUAUCCUCAUGCAGCAAAAAUCAGGGAUGACCUUCGUCUUCUGCACGAGGACAGCAAAGCAUCAGUUUUAGCAGCAAAUGCUCGUUUCUACAAUUCAUUCAGGACCGGUGACUUGGCUACCAUGCAAUCUAUCUGGUCAAAGGGUGAGAAUGUUUGUGUGGUGCACCCCGGGGUGAGCGGAAUAUGUGGGUAUGAUCUUGUGAUGGGAAGCUGGGAGUUUGUGUGGGCUGACUAUGAUUUCCCCUUGGAGAUUGAGAUCAGGGACGUGGAGGUUCACGUUAAAGGUGACCUUGGCUAUGUUACUUGCAUUGAGAUGGUGAAAACUAAGGGCAGCAGCUGGGGUAAACAGUUUGCCACUAAUGUUUUUGAGAAGAUUGAUGGUCACUGGUUUAUAUGCAUCCACCAUGCUUCCUAUAUUGACUUGUAAAAUAUAGCUUCAUGCAAGUGUUAGUAGACAGUAGCUUGUGGAUUUUACGAAUUUUGUUCUCUAAUAUAUAAUUAUAUAAUAUUAAUAUUAAUAUUAUAUUAUUAUACGUAGCAGCUGCCAUUUUUUAACAUCUGUAAAUCUUCAUUACCGAGUGUUAGAGUUGUUGAAAUAAUAGACAUAUGGACUUGUUGUGAUUGUUUAGUUAUUAUGACAAAAAACUUAUCUUAUACUCACUUCGUAUGGAAGCGAUGUUCUCAGU